AUGGUCAAGGCUAUUGCUGUCAUCCGCGGUGACUCCAAGGUGUCGGGCAACGUCACCUUCGAGCAGGAGUCCGAAUCGUCCCCAACCAGGAUCACCUGGGACAUCACCGGCAACGACGCCAACGCCAAGCGCGGCUUCCACAUUCACACCUACGGCGACAACACCAACGGCUGCACCUCAGCCGGGCCUCACUUCAACCCCUUUAACAAGACACACGGUGCCCCCAACGACGAGGCCCGCCACGUUGGUGACCUGGGCAACAUCGAGACGGACGGCCAGGGCAACGCCAAGGGAUCCAUGAACGACCCUCACGUCAAGCUCAUCGGCCCCUACAGCGUCGUCGGCCGCACUGUCGUCGUCCACGCCGGCACUGACGAUCUUGGAAAGGGCAACAACGACGAGUCUCUCAAGACUGGCAACGCCGGCCCUCGACCAGCUUGCGGUUUGUCCCUCUUCCUCCAUAACCCGCCUGCUUGUACAUCGGCUGAGUAG